AUGGAGCUUCGCCAAGGUACGGACGCGUCACACCGCGUGUCCUUUCUACGUGGCGGCCAUGGACGUGCUCCGGCGCGCGACGUGUCCCCGGCCUUGUCCCGUAGGUGCCGCCUAUAUAAACGCUACCGCGCCGGCGAGGCCAAGGGCCACACCCAGGAGAAGGCUGGGCAGGUGAUGGGCGCGGCCAAGGACAUGGCGUACGAGGCCAAGGACCGGGCGGCGGGCAUGGCCGGGCACACGUCCAGGCAGGGGCAGGGAACCACGGAGGCCACCAAGCACAAGGCCGGCGAGGCCACCGACAAGGCGUCUCAGACGGCGCAGGCGGCCAAGGACAAGGCUGCCAGCACGGCGCAGGCCGCCAAGGACCGCACCGUCGAGAGCAAGGACCAGACCGGCAGCUUCCUCGGCGAGAAGACGGAGAUGGCAAAGCAGAAGGCGGCGGAGACCGCCGAGGCGGCCAGGCAGAAGGCGGCGGGGGCGGCGCAGUACACGCAGGACAGGACCUACGACGCGGCGCAGUACGCCAAGGAGUCCGCCGUCGCCGGCAAGGACAAGACCGGCAGCGUGCUCCAGCAGGCCUGCGAGACGGUGGUGAACGCCGUGGUGGGAGCCAAGGACGCCGUGGCCAACACGCUGGGCAUGGGCGGCGACAACAACACCAACACCACCAAGGACACCACCACCGAGAAGAUCACCAGGGAUCACUAG